GUAAAAUCAAUAUUAUGAAGAAACAUUUAUAAAAAGAUAAAGACUCACAUGUUCUUAUACAAAUCAGAAACGAAAGUAAUAAGACUUUAGAUGGUUUCAUAAUUUAAAUGUGACAAUGGCUAAAGUAUUAAAUUUAUUAAAGACGAUACGAAAUAAUUGGAAAAAAUCCGUAUUAGGAGUCGCAGCUUUUUCGUAUGGAAUUUCGUACGGCAAACAAACAUACGAUGCGGAACAAUUAAUGCGUCAGUGUUGUGAAGAUGUAGCCAAAUAUGGAGAUACUUCUUGUUCUACAAAUGUUAGACCUCGUCAUGUAACUGUUAUUUUAAACCCAGCAGCCAAAAGAAGAAAGGCUAAAAAAUUAUUUGAGAAAUAUUGUGAGCCUCUAUUGCAUCUAGCUGGUAUUUCAACAACUAUUAUUGAUGCACAAUCAGGAAGCCAUGUGCGUAAUGUAAUAACAAAUUUGGAAACUCCUACGGAUGCUAUUAUUGUAGCUGGAGGAGAUGGUACCUUGUCAGAUGUUACAACUGGUUUAAUGAGGAAAUACGAACAUAAUCUUCAUUCUGUCAAACAAUGUCCCAUUGGUGUUUUACCAUUAGGAAGCACAAAUACAAUUGCAAGCAUGUUUUAUCGAGAUUACAAAGACUUAGCUGACAUACAUCACAUGAUUGAUGCAACAAUGGCAAUUAUUAAAAAUAAUCUCAAAUUAAUAGAUGCUAUUGAGAUCAAAUUGCUGGAAAACGAUCCAGAAAAUUCCAUAAAACCAGUUUAUGCUGUAGGAAGUAUAAAAUGGGGAGCUUGGAGCGAUACGCACGCGCGUAUUGAUAAAUAUUGGUAUUGGGGCUUUUUGCGCAAAUAUGCAGCUUAUGUGUUCAAUGGUUAUAAAUCAGACUUAAAUUGGAACUGCAAUGCAAUCAUGAAAUAUACCAAUCCUUGUAAAGGAUGUUCCCAUUGUUAUUCCAAAGAAUUGUCUUAUAAUCAGUCUACAAAUUUUAAUAGAAGAUGGUGGCAUGCAUUUCUGCCAAAGAAGCAAACAUUUGUUCCUGAUAAUCACGUUGAUUAUAGUAAAGUAGUAAAUGAAGAUUGUGGCACAUUUUCUGAGAUACCUAUUUCAACAAUUGAACUAUGCAUAACAACAGAAAAUCUAAUGAAUGUACCAGUUCGAUCAAUACCUUCAUUAAAGAUAGCUUUAGGCCCAAAAAAUAUUAGCUAUACUACAUUUGUUGAAAAAGGAUGGAAACAAGAAAUGGACAACGAAUUACCAGUAAACACGAUAUUAGAUGCAAAAAAUAUUGAAUUAUAUCCUGAAAUAAAUGAAAAUCAAAUGCUUUACAUUGAUUACGAGGAAUACGAAUUGAAGCCCAUUCAAAUUAAAUUACUUCCACAAUCAAUAACAAUAUUUUGUCCUGAAUUUAAUAGAUAACAUAUAUACUUAAUAUAUAUAUGUAUAUAUGAUUCCAACCAUGUCGUGGUAUUUAA